CCUCUUAGCAACCCGCCAGCAGCUCUGUUUCCAAGGACGCGCGCGCCUCCAGCUUCCGGCAGCGAGAGGCGUGCCCAGGACCCUGACUCGGGAAUCCGACUCUGUGCGUCCCCACAAGACCCGGACCAGGCGCUGCCUUCGGCCGGAGAUGAGCAGCAAUGACUCUUCUCUAAUGGCUGGAAUCAUUUACUACAGCCAAGAAAAGUACUUCCGCCAUGUGCAGCAUGCUGCAGCCAUAGGCCUGGAAAAGUUCAGCAAUGACCCUGUGCUUCAGUUCUUUAAAGCUUAUGGAGUCCUCAGAGAAGAGCGCAUCCAGGAUUCCAUCAGUGACCUGGAGAGCAUCCGGAACCACCCAGACGUAGCCCUGUGCUCCACCAUGGCCCUCAUUUACGCUCACAAGUGCUGUGAAAUCAUUGACAGAGAAGCUAUCCAGGAGCUUGAGAGCAGCCUGAAGGAAGUCCGCAAGGCAGCUGAUGGGACUGCCCUGUACUAUGCUAGCCUCUUCCUCUGGCUCAUGGGCCGCCAUGAGAAAGCCAAGGAGUACCUCAACCGUACAAUGAAACUCUCCAGUAGCUCCAGAGAGGCAAUGUACCUCAUGACGCAGCAGAACUACUCAGGAGCUUUGGAGGUGGUGAACCAGAUCACCGUGGCCUCAGCAGGCUUCUUGCCUGCCUUCGUCCUGAAGAUGAGGCUGUUCUUGGCAAGGCAGGACUGGGAGCAGACAGUAGAAACAGCACAAAGAAUCCUAGAAAAAGAUGAAAGUAAUAUUGACGCCUGCCAAAUUCUAGCUGUGCAUGAGCUUGCGAGAGAAGGAAACAUGACCAAAGCUGUUGAGCACAUUAGAAAUCUGAUUAAGGCUCUAGAGAUAAGAGAGCCCCAAAAUCCAAGCCUCCAUCUUAAAAAAAUUCUUGUGGUUGGCAGACUGUGUGGAAGACACCAGGCAAUCCUGCAGCUAUUAUGUAGCUUCAUCGAGCGUACCUUCAUGACCACACCCUCCUCCGCCCAUGUGGCUGUAGAGCUGGGCUAUCUCUUCAUCCUGCAGGACCAAGUAAAGGAGGCAUCACGGUGGUACUCUGAAGCCAUGAAACUGGAUGAGAGCAGUGUAGCUGCCUUGACAGGGAUCAUCUGGUGCUGCAUCUUACAAGGCCAGCUGGACGAGGCUGAGCAACAGCUGGAAUUCCUGAAGGAAGUGCAGCAGUCCCUUGGAAAGUCUGAGGUGCUGGUUUUCCUCCAGGCCCUUCUGGCAUCCAAGAAGCACAGGGCGGAACAGGAGGCCCCAGCACUCCUGAAGGAAGCUGCAGAGCUGCAUUUCUCCAGUAUGCAGGGCCUCCCCCUGAGCCCCGAGUACUUCGAACGGCUGGACCCCUCCUUCCUGGUCUGCAUCACCAAGGAGUACUUGUUCUUCUGCCCCAAGCAGCCCCGGUCGCCAGGCCAGAUCGUGUCUCCACUUCUUAAACAAGUCGCCGUGAUCUUGAGCCCUGUGGUCAAAGCAGCCCCAGCUCUGAUUGAACCCCUUUAUCUGUCAGCUCACGUCAAAUAUCUCUCAGGAGAGCUAGAGAAUGCCCAGAGCACCCUGCAGCGUUGCCUGGAGCUGGACCCUACGUCUGCAGACACCCACUUGCUCAUGGCCCAGAUCUACCUUGCUCAGGGCAACUUUGCCAUGUGUUCCCACUGCUUAGAGCUGGGCGUCAGCCACAACUUCCAGGUCCGAGACCACCCCCUCUACCACUUCAUCAAGGCCAGAGCCCUCAACAAGUCUGGGGACUAUCCAGAGGCCAUAAAGACUCUGAAAAUGAUAACAAAAUUACCAACUCUGAGGGUGGAAGAAAGCAAGAAGUUCCGUGGGCCUUCCUUGCAGCCCAGCGAGCGCGUGUCCAUCUUACUGGAACUGGCAGAUGCACUCCGGCUGAAUGGGGAGCUGCAUGAGGCCACCAAAGUCAUGCAGGAUGCCAUCAAUGAGUUCAGCGGCACGCCAGAAGAGAUCCGCAUCACCAUCGCCAACGUGGACUUGGCCCUGAGCAAGGGGAACGUGGACGUGGCACUCAGUAUGCUGAGGAACAUCACCCCCAAGCAGCCCUGCUACACGGAAGCCAAGGAGAAGAUGGCCAGCAUCUACCUGAACGCCCGUAAAGAUGUCCGCCUGUAUAUUGGGUGCUACCGUGAGCUCUGUGAAAACCUUCCUGGCCCCCACACCAGCCUGCUACUGGGUGAUGCUUUUAUGAACAUUCAGGAGCCUGAGAAGGCCUUGGAAGUCUAUGAUGAGGCAUAUAGAAAGAACCCGCAUGACGCCUCCCUGGUCAGCAGGAUUGGGCAAGCUUAUGUGAAGACUCACCAGUACAACAAGGCAAUUAAUUAUUAUGAGGCCGCCCAGAAGAUUAGCGGACAGGACUUUCUGUGCUGCGAUCUGGCUGAACUGCUCCUGAAGUUAAAGAAGUUCACCAAAGCAGAAAAAGUUCUAAAGCAGGCACUGGAGCGUGACUUUGUCCAAGAUAUCCCAUCCAUGAUGAAUGAUGUUAAGUGCCUACUUCUGCUGGCAAAAGUUUAUAAGAGUCAUAAAAAAGAAGAUGUGAUGGAAACUUUGAACAAGGCCUUGGACCUCCAGUCUCGGAUACUGAAGCGGGUUCCACUGGAACAACCAGAAAUGAUCCCCUCUCAGAAGCAACUGGCAGCCUCCAUCUGCAUCCAGUUUGGGGAGCACUACCUUGAAGAGAAGGAGUAUGCCCAGGCAGUGCGGGCUUACAAGGAUGCCCUCUCCUACUCACCCACUGACAACAAGGUGGUGUUGGAACUGGCGCGGCUCUACUUGCUCCAGGGGCAUCUGGACUUGUGUGAACAGCACUGUGCCAUCCUCCUGCAGACCGAGCAGAACCAGGAGACCCCCUCUGUGAUGAUGGCUGACCUGAUGUUUCGAAAACAGAAUUAUGAAGCUGCCAUCAGUCUCUACCACCAGGUCCUGGAGAAAGUACCAGAUAAUUUUUCAGUACUGAAUAAAUUAAUCGAUCUGUUACGAAGAAGUGGUAAACUUGAAGAAGCCCCCACCUUCUUUGAACUGGCCAAGAAGGUGUCCAGCCGUGUACCUUUGGAGGCAGGGUUCAACUACUGCAGAGGCAUUUACUACUGGCACAUAGGGCAGCCCAACGAAGCCCUGAAGUUCCUGAACAAGGCUCGCAAGGACAGCACUUGGGGCCAGAGAGCCACCUACUACAUGGUACAGAUUUGUCUGAACCCGGACAAUGAGAUCAUGGGCGGAGAAGCUUUUGAGAACAUGAUGGCUGAGAGCAUCUCCAUGGAUAAGAAGGACUCAGAGCAGCACGGUGUGCGCACAGCUGAAAAGCUGCUGCGUGAGUUCUACCCACACUCAGUCUCUGGCCAGGCCCAGUUGCGGCUUCUGCAGAGCCUCUGCCUGAUGGCCACAAGGGAGAAGGCUAACGUGGAGGCAGCGCUGAGCACCUUCAUCGAGAUGGCCCAGGCCGAGAAGAACAGCGUCUCCGCCCUGCUGGCCAUGGCACAGGCCUACACUCUACUGAAGCAGAUCCCCAAAGCACGCACACAGCUGAAGCGCCAGGCCAAGGCCCCCUGGGUACUGGAUGAAGCAGAUGACCUAGAGAAGAGCUGGCUCCUGCUGGCCGACAUCUACUGCCAGGGGGGCAAGUUCGACCUCGCCUCAGAGCUGCUGCGGCGCUGCGUGCAGUACAACAAGUCCUGCUGCAAGGCCUAUGAAUAUAUGGGCUUCAUCAUGGAGAAGGAACAGUCCUACAAGGAUGCAGCUACCAACUAUGAGCUGGCCUGGAAGUACAGCCAUCAUGCCAACCCUUCCGUGGGCUUCAAACUCGCUUUCAACUACCUGAAAGACAAGAGAUUCGUGGAGGCCAUUGAAGUCUGCCACAGUGUUCUCAGAGAGUACCCCAACUACCCCAAGAUCAGAGAGGAAAUUUUGGAAAAGGCCCAAGGAUCCUUGAGGCCCUAGCAAUGGUCAUGGAGGCCUGGGUGGAGGCAGUCAACCUACAGAAGU